UACUGUCUCCGUCUCUGAAUCUAUGGCGUGGUGCAAUGUCUUCCGAAUCAAGAACGAAGUGACAAAAGGACAUCGUUUGAAGUUUCUCGCGUUAUCGUGUUUGUGUUGAAAUUAGAUCACAUGUUAAUUAAAUUCUAGUUUAAAAACAGCAAAUUAACAAUUUUAAGUGCACUUGUCCGCGACAGUUGUUUAAUGAAUCAUUUUACAAAACCAUGUUUCCAUAAAUACUAAUAUUGAAAUAAUCUAUGUGGCUAAUCAAAUUAAAUUAAUAUAUCGACUUGUGGAUAUAUUUUAAUUUCACCAUUUUAUUAUGAAAUGUGUGCAAAUUCGCAAAAGCAAUAUGUAUAUUAGUGGUUUGUGACGUGAGGUGAAUGUCAUAGAGGAGUAUGAACAUGAUUUAAUGCUAGAGACAUAUAAUUUGCCUUUGUGCAAAUAUGUUCUUUCCUGGGGCAUUUGUAGUGGUGCUUUUAACAGCAUUAUCAUGCCAGCCGGUUUUAAGCCAGUUUUGUCCUGAUCAAUGCCAGUGUGCUAACGCAUCUACAUUGUAUUGUUCUAAUAGGGAAUAUUUUCCUAUAAAUGAACAGUUCAAGCAAGUGCAUUUGGAGAAUGUGACUGUGGUGAAAUUAGAAAAUUUAAUAUUUAAAAAUAUAACAUCACUUACUUGGAGAAAUAGCAGAAUUAGAAAAAUUGAAAAUACGUCGUUUUAUAAUGCCAGCACUUUAAUUGAGUUGGAUUUGGGUAGUAAUGAAUUAGAAAUUAUUCGCAAUGGUGUUCUUCAACCACUCUAUUCAUUGAAACGAUUGAAUUUAUCAAACAAUUAUUUGCGAGAUUUGCCUAGAACUAUGUUUUUUGAUUUGUAUGCUUUAGAAGAAUUACAUUUGAGAGGAAAUAAGUUACACGUGAUACCGGUGAAUGUGUUUGCACCACUUUCAAAAUUAAGAAUACUAGAUUUAUCGAAAAAUAGCAUAGUUACAUUGCAUGAUCAUUUCUUUCGUCAAAAUAAAAACUUGCAAUCAUUAUCAUUAAGCAAUAACAAUUUAUCAAGAAUUUAUUCUAAUGCUCUUGUGGACUUGACAAUCUUGGAAGAGUUGGAUUUAUCAGGUAAUAACCUUGAAUCAUUCUCAAAGGGUUUAUUCGAUGGUUUGAAGGAAUUGAAGACAUUGCAUCUUCAAUAUAAUCCUUUGGGUAAUCUUUCAAUUGUAACAUUUAGUAUGCUACAUAAUUUGCAAUAUCUUGAUCUAAGUCAUAAUUUAAUCAAGACUUUAUCUCAAAAACUAUUCCGAUUGAAUAAUAAACUAGAGACUUUAAUUUUGGACCACACUAAAAUUGAAGUUCUUCAUAACUCUGAGUUCAUUGGCUUAGGCAAUUUACGAAAUUUGUUUGUGAGGAACAAUGAUGUUCUUCAAGAAGUUGAACAAUUUGUUUUCCUAGAUACACCUCAUUUAGAGAUAUUAGAUAUUAGUGGCAAUAAAUUAACAUAUUUGCCCAAUACCAUCUCAACCCUGAACUAUCUACAAGACUUGAAUAUCUCAGAAAAUCAUUGGACAUGUGAUUGUCGAAUGCAUUGGUUUGCUAACUGGGCAGAGAACAGGAGUAAAAUUUUUAAUUCUGAUCUCAGUUGUGGUCCUCAUUCAUACCCUAAUGAUAUGAUUCCCACAUUACAAAAUUUGAAUUGCACUAAGCCAAGGAUUGUACAUACAUCGCCACCUGGUUUACAUGCAUUGAAAAGUUCAGCUCUACUGGAAUGCAGUUUUGCCGGAAACCCUCAUCCUUCAGUAACAUGGAUUACACCUCAUAAUUAUAUAUUGCAUUGGAAUCCUGAUCCUAGUGUACCAGAUAUAUUUCACAAGCAUCCUGAAAUUCAUGUUGUAAAUGGAAAUUCUUUUAAUAGACAUAAUUUAAAAAUGAAAGUUUUGGAGAAUGGCACUCUAUUUAUUCAAAAUAUAUCUCGUGAAGAUAGUGGUAGCUAUUAUUGUUUUGCUACAAAUCCAAUUGCCAAUACAACAGCAGAAGUAUUGUUGUACAUUGACCCUAUUAUUAUUUACAAUGUAAAGAUUAUGAGUAUAUUUUUUGGAGCGUUCUGUGCUGCUUGUUUUUUAGGUAUUACACUUUUAGUACAGCUUUUGAAGUUCAUAUUUAUUCGGUUUGGAAUUGUUGAUAAAUGCUGCAAUUGUUGUCAUAAAGAUAGAACAUCACCCAGAGCAAAACAAAUCUAUGCAAUGUUAGACAACAUUGAGCAAUAUAAAAGUCAACAACUUGAGAGACUCAGAGAAAAUUACGCUCAACAAGUUCAUCGAAUUAAGGACAAUUGUGCUCAACAAGUGGAUUGGAUUCAGAGUAGUUAUUCAGGACAGGCUAAACAUUUAAAAGAAAUACGAGAUAUUGGCACCCAUCAUUUAACAGCAUUGCGAGAUCAAUAUUAUGAUCAGGUAAAACGCGUACGGGACUAUUCGACUGGCCAAUUGAGCUGGGUGAGGGAAAAUUAUGUUUUCCAGAGAAAUAAAAUUCGUAAGUUUAGCGCUCAUCAAGUACUCCGCUUCCGAGAGUCGUACAAAUACCAGCAACAGACUCUUAAUAAGGUUUUAGAAAAUUUGCCCAGUUUCUAUUUCGAGAAUUGUAAAAGCGGUUCUUGCGGCCGUAGCGACUCUGUUGUGUUCGAUCCCAAAGAUAUUGCAGGCAUAGAUAUGUAUAUUAAAACGAAAAUAGAUAAGUUGGCUGCAUUAGAAGUUCCAAAUUUGAAUGAAUCUCAGAGUAAGAUGUCGGUUUAUUAUACCCCCACGGAGAUCAGCGACGACGCCAACGACGAUGCACCUGCGUUGGAGGGAGUACACAUUAAUUAUAUCGAGAAGGAACCACCGCCAAUACCUGACUUCAGAUCUAUGAAAGAUAUUAACAGUAUAUUAAAUCCUGCAUGGGAUAGGAAAGGUGAUUAUUCUCUUGUUAACACGAAGAAAAAGAUCAACGGAGAUCAGAAGUCGUGUCGCGUCUUCUCAGCAGUUUAUUCUAACGAAUUAUUCAAAGCUAGUGAUGAUAUAGUUAAUAAGAAAACAGAGGUCGGAGACAGUGAGGAAAUGCGUUCGCUUCUUCAAUCAAAUAGCAUGCCGAUUCUAACAAAUGCAGAGUCGAUUAAACCAAAUGAUAAAACGCCUGGCAAACACGUCGUUUUAUCCUUUGAGAUUCCAGUUGAAAAUGUAGAGCAUAUUAAUAUAGGCAAAUGUAAAAGUGAUACAUCGUUGUAGUGCAUAAGUCAGGUAAUAGUUAGCAAUGAGAAUUAGAAGUUGUGUUCUAAGAAGCAAUUGUAAAUAUAAGUUCACAAGUCGAGGAUAUUUUAUUACAGUUGUCGGCAAUUUCGUUAAUAAUUGCAAAAUGAAACGAUUUUUAACAAAAAAGUGCGUUGUUAUAUCAAGGACAAUUGUAAAUAAAGGUAACCCAUUAAAAUUAAAACGUUAAUUUUUAUAAUGUAAAUAGGAGCAA